GGAGCUCUAGAGUCCUUUCCGCGGCCGCCUGAGGGUGGGCACCUUUACACGCACUGGAAGGGAGGGCGCACACUCCCUAGCGCGGAUCCCACCUUGCCGCUCCCAGGGUGGGGCGGGGUCUGGGGCGACCCCGGGACGACCUCACGCGCACCUCCUGUGGAGGCCCCGCCUGGGCCACAGGGAGAAAAGACAGGUCCCCGCCCCUGUCCGCCCACACCAAUUUAAGCGUCUUCGCAGAGAGCCUGGGCAGGUUCCUGGGCUACACGUUCUAGCAGAGACGUCUCUCUGGCCUGGUGCUCUCUCCCUACAGCCUCAGAGGCGCCCCCGCUCCCCUUCCUACACUCACUCCGGCCCUGGCCGCACCAUGCCCAGCCCUGGGUCGCGACGCCGCAGGUCUCCCGCUCCUUCCGGCCGCUCUCCGGCGCCCCAGUCCCCCAAGUCCCCUCUCGGCCCUGAGGGCCCAGGCACGUCCCGCACUCCCGGACACCUUGAGUCCUCCUUCUCCGUCGAAGCCAUCCUGGCGAGGCCCGAGCCCCGCACGCCGGCCGCCUCCCUGCCGCCAGCCUCCGCCUGUGCCACCUGGGGCCACUGGACCGAACCCUCCCGGUGUCCAGCCCGGGUUCUGCCCUGGGCGUGUCCGGCCACUGGGCUGCCAGCCUACCUGAGCGUGGGUCUCCUGCCGCUGUGCCCUUGGCCUCCAGUGCCCGGGCUGCACAUGGCUCCCUUCUGCGGCCUCCAGGGCUUCGGUGUCGCAGGCCUGGAGGUGGCUCACUGCGCAGGCCUCUGGGGCCCCCCAUACUGGCCCCCAACUGGGGAUCUUCAUGACGCUGAGAGACACCAAAAGAGGGUCCGGACUAUGUUUAACUUGGAACAGCUGGAGGAGUUGGAGAGAGUGUUCGCGAAACAACACAAUCUGGUGGGGAAGAAGAGAGCCCAGCUGGCAGCCCGGCUCAACCUUACAGAGAACCAGGUGAGGGUCUGGUUCCAAAACCGCAGGGUCAAGUAUCAGAAACAGCAGAAGCUGAAAGCCACGUCUGCCUCCCUGGACGAGCCCUCCAGCAGCUCCGACAGCAGCAUCCAGAGUGAAGACACCCGGUCAGGAGAGGACAGCUGAGGAUGGCUGAGGCCGUCUCUGCUGGGGGCCUCUACUGGACUUCCCUGCCCCAGAUCUCAGUGAAGAGCCUUGCCAGGGCCAAAGAGCACCCGAGGAAUCAGAACUGUCCCGUGGGACUUCCUCUGACCACUGGGAGCAGGGAUAACGUAAUGAUCAGGAGAACAGAGCUGGGCCUUCAGCUAGGUCCCUUGGCCAGGUGACUGAACUUCUGGGCCUCUUUGCUUCACCUUAACAUAGGCGUAUGGAUAAGCUAGACCUCCCACUAGUGACAUGGUAUCUGUGAAGCACCUGCUGUGGGCCAGGCCUAGUGCCGAGUGUGUGACUGAUGUUAAGGCUGAUAGCCCCCUGCCCCUGUGUGGGAGUGGCAGCUCUACCAGCCCUGGUGGAGGCGGGGCCCACUGUCUGGGCAUAGAAGGCCCUUCUCCUCUGCAGAUGGUGGAGCUGAGGGCAAAGAGGAGGCAGAGGUAUAGCUCCCCAAAGUUCCCUGUUUUGUCUGUUGUCACUGCAGAAGAACUCUGCCCAGCUGCCUCCUUGGAGCAACACGCCACCCCAUCACCUGUGUUUUCCGCCCGGCUACCCACCUGAACCCCCUCCCCAUCUUUGUAUAGAAUAGAGAAGUUUGGUUCCAAGCUUCUGUCUUUGCCAAGGCUGCCAUUUUGUCAUCGGUUUUUCCAUAUUUCCAGAAGACAGUUAUUUCCCCCCUUCCUAACCCUCUCUCAGGGUUCCCUUUCCUGCCCAGUCAUCUGCUCAGCUUCUAAGCCUCCUGCUGUAGCCUCCUCCUGUGACGCCUGCACAAAUAUAGCAUAGACAUUCAGGUCCUAAAAGGGCCCCUGCAG